AUGGAUACAAUCAAAGUGUAUUCAACAAAGUGAACCAGGUAUAUGACAUAUCACAAUUUUUUACCCGAAUGUGACAUGUUUGUUGCCAUUGAUUUAACCCAUACAUUUAUUCAAAAAUUCAAAUUUUGAAAUUCAAAAGUAAACAAAUUUUAAACCAAAAAAUAAUAUUUUUUAAAUGAAUAAAAGAAAAUGCCGAAUACUUUCUGCUUAGGCAAAACAACUCAUGGAAGCAAUUUACUAAGGUUUUGUGCUCCAACUGACAAAUUGCAAACAAUUUUAUCAAUAUAUAUUAUAUUGUUAAAGUUAAAAAAGACGGGUUAAUGUAAACAAAUACAUGUAUUGUUUACUAUUUUAUUGUCAAAAGCGGGUGUGUCAAAUACUUAGUUCACUUUGUUGAAUACACUUUGGAUACAAUCGCGUUAAAUUUAAGUGAUAGUGAUAGUGAAAAUGAAAAUUGUGUAAAAAUUCGUCGUGAGCGCAGAAAUUUAAGAAAUAGUUCAAAAGACAUAUUGGAAAUGGAUGAUUUUAAUUUCAUCAAAAAUUUUCGCGUCAACAAAAGAGCAUUUACAUAUAUUUUAAGGGAAUACGAAAAUGUAUGUGGAAAUGAUAAGAGACAAGGUUCUCUUUCUCCGAAAUUAAAGCUUGCUGCAUGUCUACGUUUCUUUGCCACAGGCAACUAUCAGCAUUGCAUUGGAAAGGACUUCAAUAUAAAUGUGGCCCAAUCGACAUUCUGUGGAAUAUUGGAAGAAGUUCUUAACUGUCUUGAGUACAGGCUAUGUUCGAGGUGGAUUUCUAUUUACAUGACUGACAGCGAAGAAUUGGAAUCAAAAACCUUUUUUUUUGUCAAAUCAAAAAUUCCAGGCGUGACAAUGGCAGUUGAUGGAACUCACAUAAAGAUAAUGGCUCCAAAAGGAGAUAAACAUCUCUAUUAUAACCGCAAAGGAUUCUCAAGUCUGAACGUUAUGAUUGUGUGCGACCACAAAAUGCAAAUACGUUACGUAUGUGCUAAAUAUCCAGGCAGUAGUCACGAUUCUCAUAUAUGGGAUUUGAGUGACAUGAAAUCUAUCAGCGCUACCAAUUAUCGGAGAGGAAAUGCAAAUUUAAUAUUAGGUGACAAAGGAUACCCUCUUCAACCGUGGCUUAUAACUCCAUUUAGAGAACCAAUCACAUGCCUUAGAAAAAGAAGAUUUAAUACGCGUCAUGCUAAAGGCCGAAUAAUUGUUGAGAAAACAAUAGGUUUAUUAAAAUCUGUAUUUCGUUGCCUUUGCAGUGAACGAGGUCUACAUUACGAGCCAUUUAAAGCAGCGCGUAUUGUUAAUUUCUGCUGUGCAUUGCAUAAUAUUCGUUUGAAUUUUAAUUCUAACGAAACUUUUAAUGAGCCAUACCUGGAUACAACUGAAAAUGAAUAUUCCAUCGAUGAUGACAAUGAUUUAGAUGAUAUGCCCACCGACGAAGCAAGUAGAAUAAGAGAUAGUUUAUUAGACUAAGUUAAAAAACAUAAAAAUUCAUUAAAACGAAAUGUUUUGUUAGUUCCCAAAAA